AAGAUGAACACUGCGAUCGAAUGCAUGCUUGAUGCCACUGAAGCAGCGCAGGAGAUUGUGGACAGUUCAGAAGAUGGUGAUUUCCUUAUGUUGUGUCCUCUAAUUGAAAAAGGCUUGGACAGUCACAUGAACAUGAGGCCUGAAGAUAUUUUUCAAGGGUUACCCCACUGGACAUUUCAAGAAAACACAUCGGCAACACUAGGAUCAUUGCGAGAUUCUUCAGGCUACAGUUAUGGACAAGGCUCAUCCUUUGGUAAUCAGCCAGCAACGCAAGCAAGUGAACUACGCUCAUCCUUUGGUAAACCAAAGCAAGCAAGUGGACUAUUUGGUAGUUCAAGGUCAUCAUUAUUUGGUACUGUUCAGUCACGGUGUGAUCAGGACGCGCCAUGCCGGCUAUCUGGUAGUUCAAUCUCUCGUCCCAGAAAAAAAAAAAAAAGCUCAUAUUUUGGAGGAACACAACACAGUGCACAAGUUCAACCAGCUGCGGUUACAGUGAAAGUUGCCUCUGAGGACUUCAUGGAACAACUACCACCCCCACCUUCUGGAGAUAUCGGCAGUUCUCAACAUCAGGCGUCAAGUGGAAUCAAAGGAAACUCAUUGCAGGCAAAAAAGAAAUCCUUCUCUUCCACUUUUGUGACAGCAGCUACAUUAGAUCCCUCAGAAAUGCCUGGACCAGAGGAUGACGAAGAGUUGAUGUACAAGCAGAGAGCCCAUAUCUACCACUUUGCAAGAAAAUUGGGCAUCUGGAAGGAAAGAGGGAUUGGUCAUGUAAAAUUACUUCGCCAUAAAGAUAUUGGUGCCUUGCGACUAGUCAUGCAACUGCAACAGGAAUCAAAAAUGGUUGCAAACCACAGCAUCACCAGUGACCUGAAACUAAACCCUCUGAAGUCCUCAGACCGGUCAUGGGUCUGGACCACCACCGAUUUCUUUGAGGGAGUUGCUGGCUAUGGUAAAUUUGCCAUCAAGUUCAAGACCUCAGAGCUUGCCAACGAGUUCAAGCGACAUCUGGAGGAACUUCAGGCUGCCAGGAAAUUGGAGGAGGAGGAAGAAAGAAAACAGCCACUUGUAUGGUCAAGUUUUCUUAACACCACAAUACGAGAGGAGGAUGAAGAUUUGAUGUACAAGCAGCAAGCUGCAUUCUGCUGUUUUGCCAGACACCAAGGCGUCUGGAAGGUAAUGGAAAAAGGGAACGGUGACGUCAAAAUACUACGCCUCAAAGACAGUGGAAGCUUGCGACUGAUCGUACAACACGAACAGGACUCAAAAAUAUGUUCGAGCCACUCAAUUUCCGCCCACAUGACGACAAACCUGAAGUCCUCUGACAGGUUGGUCUGGCGUUUCUUUGACUUAUCACCAUCAGCAGGGGAGGUUUCGUACCGGUACUUGUCAGUCAAGUUCAAAACCUCGGAGCUCGCCAAAGAGUUCAAGCGACGUCUGGAGGAACUCCAGGCUAUCAGGAAAGUGGAGGAAGAGGCUGCAUUUGCCAAAAAAUUCCAGAAAAGUUUGACAUUUGGCAGUUCACAGUCUUCAGACAGGUCGGAUGAUGUUCAUGAUGUUGGUGAAGAUGAUGUGAUCUUUAUAUCGGAGAAGACACCUACCCCUGAUCAGCGGGCCCGGGCUGAAGCACUCCUCCUCCCACCUACCUUCUUCCUCUAUGAGGAUGAGCCUCCGUGUCCCGGCUGCCCGGGAUGUGAUCCUGCGGAUCUAGCUGCAAGAGGAAAGAGUUCACCCACAUUCGUCAAGCCAGCAGCUGCCUCUGUCGCGCAUUCACAAGCUCCAGUGUUCAGCACAACCUCAGAACAGCAGACGUUUGGUGCUAUCACCAAGACAGCUACUACAUCUGUCGCUAAGAAGACACCAACCACAUCAACCACAUUCGAUACCCAAGAAGGUAGCAAGCCCUCAUCAACUAUAUUUGGUGCUAGCGCUAGUGGAGCAUUGACUUUGACUAGUUUUGCUCAUAUCAAAACAGACAAACAAGGGACCAUUUCUGAAGGAUCCACAAAAGGCUUUGUGUUCCCCAAAGCUGGGGCUCCCAUCUUUGUUGCAUCUAAGGAGGACCCAACUGUGUUAUUGCCAGAGCUUGUGGAAUGCAAAACCGGUGAAGAGGAUGAGGAGGUGAUGUACAAGCAGCGGGCCCGUCUGUAUCGCUAUGCCAAGGACCUGGCUAAAUGGAUGGAGCGAGGGAUUGGAGACGUCAAACUGCUACGUCAUAAAGAAAGCGGUACCCUGCGACUGAUCAUGCGACGGGAACAGGUCUUGAAGCUGUGUGCCAACCACCGCAUCACCCCAGACAUGAAGCUGGACCCCCUGCAGUCCUCAGACCGAUCCUGGGUCUGGCACGCUAUCGACUACUCUGAGGAUGAACCCUCCCACGAGCAGCUGGCCAUCAAGUUCAAGACCGCAGAGCUGGCCCACGAGUUCAAGCGCCGCCUGGAGGAACUCCAGGUGGCCAGGAGGGAAGAGGAGGAGAGAGAGGCGGAGCAGAAGACAGAGGCAGCUGCGGCUGCGGCUGAGGCGGUGGGAGAUACUCAACAAGAUGGGAAGGAAUCAAAGGAGGAAGAUGCUACUGAAGUUAGUGACGAACCAGAUCAAGAGGCAGGAAGUGAGGACGUAUUUGCCAAAUUCAAGAGCCAGGCGGGUGACUGGCAGUGUAAAAUGUGCAUGCUGAGCAAUCGUAAGGAUGACACAACCUGUGCAGCCUGCAUGACGCCUAAACCUGGUGCAGCUCCGCAAACUGGAGAUUCUGGCUCUUUACCCGGCAUUCUCACAUUUGGUGGAGGGGGAGGUUUCAAAUUUGGCAGCUGUGACAGCGCUGCCAAACCAGUAUUUCAAUUUGGUGUACCUCUAACAAUUUCAAGUACAACAUCCCUCUCAACCUCUGGAUCCUCGCUGUCGACUGGAGCCGUGAAAUUCAGAGCUACAAAAUCCGACACCACACUGAUGGCUGUCAAAGAGAACACUCAGGCAGCCCUCACUACCACCAAGUUUACGUUCGGGGGCGGCUUCCAGAAGUGCAAUCUCAGAGGAGCAGGUGACGAGGCCGCAUCGCCGAUGGCAGCAGUGCAGAACCCCAGCACGGGUAUCACAUUCAGUGCCAACGGAUCGACCCUUCCAAAAGCCGGCAGAGCCGCUGACACUUGUACUGUGGCUUCUGCUUCUCUGGCAGUUCAGGUAACUCCAGUCAAACCAUCAGUGGGGUUUAUCUUUGGAUCCAAACCAGCCACGCCCACCCCAACCCCAACCACCAAACCAAAAGAGGAAGCACCCCGAGGCUUCUCUUUUGCAGACAUUGCCAAGUCCAAGGGUUCAUCCUUCUCCUUCCGACUGGAUGUCAGCAAAACCCCAGACGUUAGUUCCGAUGACAAUGAGUACUACACAGAUGACAAAGGUGAUCACGUCCAUUUUGAGCCCGUCCUUGAGCUACCAGAAAACGUUGAAGUGAAGACAGGCGAAGAGGAUGAGAUGGCCAAAUUCAGCCACCGGGCCAAGCUCUACCGCUUUGACAAAGACACCUCCCAGUGGAAAGAGCGCGGACUUGGGGACAUUAAGCUCCUAUACAGUCCUGCCAAUCGGAAAUACCGCAUUGUCAUGCGUCGGGAACAGGUCUUGACAGUGUGCGCCAACCACUAUGUCACAUCUGAACUCGAUCUCCAGUCCAACGCCGGCUCAACAAAAUCCUGGGUCUGGAUGGCAAUGGAUGCUUCAGAGGAACAGGUCCAAAUGGAACAGCUAGCUGUGAGGUUCAAAACAGAGGAGACAGCUCUAGAGUUCAAGAAGGCAGUAGAUGCAGCCAAGCAGGAUAUUAAGAAAGAAGGGAAAGAACAAACCACAGAGGAGAAAGAACUGGAAAUUGACAAAGAGAAGGAAAACAACUUAGAAAUAGAUGAUGGGGGUCAAGCCACAAAUGAAGAGGAAGGAGAAGAAGAUCAAGGCAACAAUGCUGAAAUGAAGGCUUUUGUUGAACAGGAAGCUGAUGUUAACAAUGAUGAUUCCAAAAAUGUAGAUAAUGAUUGCAAAGCUGGUGUUGUUCAUAAUAUUGUCCUGGCCUCUGCUUCCGCAGCAGUUCAUGUAACUCCAGUCAAACCAUCAGCGGGGUUUGUCUAUGAGGCCAAGCCAGCUACAUCCACACAAACCACUACCAAAGAGGAAACACUCAUGGGCUUCUCUUUUGCAGACAUGGCCAAGUCCAAGGGCUCGACGUUCGCCUUUCAUCUGGAUAUCACUAAAUCGCCUGAGGUGAAUAAUUCUGAGAAGUCACCCAUCAAGCUUAGGUCCCCUGAUAUUGUCAGUUCGCCAGGCAAUCACAUCUAUUUUGAGCCUAUUGUUGAGCUGCCUGAAUGCACUGACCUUAAGACAGGGGAAGAGAAUGAGACAGUUAAAUUCAGCCACCAAGCAAAGCUCUACCGCUUUGACAAAGACUCCUCUCAGUGGAAAGAGCGCGGACUUGGGAACAUUAAGCUCCUAUUCAAUCCUGCCAACCUGAAAUACCGCAUUGUCAUGCGUCGGGAACAGGUCUUGAAGGUGUGCGCCAACCACUAUGUCACACCUGAACUCAAUCUCCAGUGUUACGCUGGUUCAACAAAAUCCUGGGUCUGGAUGGCUAUGGAUGCCUCCGAGGAUGAGGUCCAAAUGGAACAGCUUGCCGUGAGGUUCAGAGAAGAAGAGACAACUCGUGAGUUCAAGAAGGCAGUAGAUGCAGCCAAGGAGGACAUUAAGAAAGAGGGGAAAGAACAGACAAAAGAGGAAGCAGGAAGAAAUUGCAAGCAGAACGAAAACAUCAAAGAGGAGGCUGGUGGUCAUGCCACAAAGGAAGUCGAUGGCGAAGAGGAUCAAGAUGACAGUGGUGUAUCGAAUAUGCAAGAUGAACAGGAGGCUGAGGGGGAUGUUGGCAAUGAUGAUAAUGAUGAGGAUAAUGAAGACGUUGAUGAUGUGGAUGGCGUUGAUGAUGAUGAUGAUGAAGACAAAGAUGAACAAGUCAAAGACAAAGAUGAACAAGUUGAAGACAAAAAUGAACAAAUCAAAGAUAAAGAUGAACACGCCGAAGACAAAGAUGAACAAGUCGAAGACAAAGAUGAACAAGUCGAAGACAAAGAUGAACAAGUCGAAGACAAAGAUGAACAAGUCGAAGACAAAGAUGAACAAGUCAAAGACAAAGAUGAACAAGUCAAAGACAAAGGUGAACAAAAUGAAGACAAAGAUGACAAAGAAGUGCAAGAGAUAUCAACUGAAGGAGAUUCUGACCUGCCCAUUGUCAAAUCCUGUGAUCCAAACAUCUCCAAGGCCUUCUCGGAGCUCCUGCGCAGCGCCAAUGCCAGCAACGCCCAGAAGCCAAAAGUAGAAGAGGCGGCGCCCACUUCUACAACAGAUUCCAUUAGCAAGGAAGAGGAUGCAACAGCAGCAAGUAGCAAAGUUGACAGUGUCUCAGAGGAGAGAGACAACAUCCACUUUGAACCGGUGGCCCAUCUACCAGAGCAGGUGGAGAAAGUUACCGGAGAGGAAGAUGAGAGCCAGCUCUUCUGCUCAAGGGCCAAGCUGUACCGCUAUGACAAGGCCACAACUCGGUGGAAGGACCGCGGUAUCGGAGACAUCAAGAUUCUCCAUAACACCCAGAGGAAAAAGUACAGGAUCAUCAUGAGGAGGGACCAGGUCUUCAGGGUUUGUGCUAACCACUACAUCACCAAGGAAAUGAGUCUGGCACCUAACGCAGGGUCAGAGAACUCCCUGGUGUGGCAGGCCAUGGACGCGGCGGACGGUGACCCACAGAUGGAGCAGCUAGCCGUCCGGUUCAAACUGGCCGGAACCACCCAGCGUUUCAAGGCCGUCUUUGAAGAGUGCCAGGCGGUAUUGAGAAAACAAACACAACAGAGUUAGUAUUAGUCUGGCUUCAAGAAUGGAUUUGAAUUUUGUCUUCCAUAAUCAACAGUUAGGGGUCGAUUUCAUGAAACACGUCUUAUUUUGCUAGGACUUAAGAUGAGUCCCCACCCUAAGAUUGAUCCUAGCUAAAGACGUGUCCCAAGACCAAUUUCACUAAAUCCAUCUUAAGUAAGACACAUCAAAACUACCAAUUUUGAUGGCUGUUUCAUGUUUGUUUUUACCGCUUGACGAAAAGACAUUGAAAAGAAACGCUCAAAACCAACUUAGAACACUCAAUUAGUCCACUCAAUAAAAUAUCACAUGCAUCUAGACAAGACACUAUAGAGUUGUUCUUGCUCCGCAUUUGAUCGCUCUAUAUUUUUUAACUUCAACUACUGAGGUCUUGGCAUAUAAUUAAAUUUUGUAAAUAAGCUAUUUUGAUUAUAAGUACCCAGAAAUCGAUAAUUAUUACAUUUCUUCCCCCAGGGUGUCCUCAAACAGUUUAAAACUGGUUUCCUUUGGGGCCCUGCAUGCAGUACCACAUCCUUGGGCAUGGGC